AUGUCUGAUCGCUCCAGAUAUUAUAUUCUAGGGGCUUUCCUGCUGGGAAUCGCCCUCACUACUGCAUACAAUAAGAAGAGGCCGAUAGAAGAAUUCGAUGACGAAAGUAAAGACCAACUUUUGGCACGCCAGCAAAAGUGGUUGUCGCAGCUCGCAAAGAUCAACGACCUAGAAACAUUGAAAAAAACUUUACUGGAGUUUAGCGGAGACGAAGCCGCAGAUGACUUUAAAGAAGGUAUCGAAGGAUGUAUAGGCAACACGCCUCUCAUCAAAAUUAAAUCACUUUCUGAGUUCACCGGUUGCGAUAUCUUCGCAAAAGCUGAGUUCCUCAAUGGAGCUGGCAACAGCCCGAAAGACAGAGUUGCUCUCAGCAUCAUCGAAAUGGCCGAAGAGAAGGGACUUCUCAUCCCACAUUCUGGUGACACUAUCUACGAAGGCACCGUAGGCAGUACUGGCAUAUCACUAGCCGCAAUCUGCAGAGCACGCGGCUACAAAGCACACAUCUGCAUGCCAAACGACAUGGCAAUCGAAAAGUCAGAUCUUCUCCUAAAGCUUGGUGCAGAGGUAGAAAGAGUGCGACCAGCGCCUAUUGUGGAUCAGAAGCAAUUCGUCAACCUCGCACGAGCGCGAGCAGAGGAGCAUACUGCUAGUUCUGACAAGCCUGGCAGAGGAUUGUUCGCUGAUCAAUUUGAAACAGAAGCCAACUGGCGCGCACACUUCACUGGCACUGGACCGGAGAUUUAUGAGCAAACCGCCCGUCAUGUGGAUGCUUUUGUUAGCGGUGCUGGUACUGGAGGGACUAUCUCUGGGGUUGCCUUGUUUCUAAAGUCCAAGCUACCCAACCUCAAGGUCGUCUUAGCAGAUCCUCCUGGUAGUGGCUUGUACAACCGUGUCAAGUAUGGCGUUAUGUUCGAUCCCAAGGAGAGAGAAGGAACCCGGCGGCGACACCAGGUGGAUACCAUCGUUGAAGGGAUCGGUAUCAACAGAGUGACACAUAACUUUGAUGUUGGCCGGGAGCUAAUCGACGACGCUAUCAGAGUGAAUGACGAUCAAGCGGUUUCCAUGGCGCGCUGGUUGGUCGAAAAUGACGGCAUAUUUGUUGGAAGCUCUAGUGCUGUGAACUGCGUCGCUGCCACGAAACUUGCAAAGACACUUGGUCCUGGACAUCGCAUCGUCACUAUUCUAUGCGACAGUGGCGCAAGACAUUUGAGCAAGUUCUGGAAAAGUACCGAGCCUAUAGGUGGCGCCGAGAACGAUGUGUCUCUCCAAGCCAUUCUCGAUGCUUGA